AUGCCGAGCUCCUACUUCCCCGGGGACCUUCUGCUCACCCAGCAAGUCAUCAACCGCGUCACGCCCUACAGCCAAUCCUACGACAUAUACGACGCCGCCCGGCCCUACGUGAUCGACGAGGAAGACGAGUCCUACAGCUACGACACCGACGACGCCGCGCCCUCGGUGAACAUCCCGCGAUUUAGCAAUAAGGAUGCGACAGACCGUGCGAGAAAGCGCUCCUCCCUCCCCCCGGCCCUCACCAGCGCGACCACCUCCAUAUAUCGCACCGCCAACUCCAUCAUCUCGCAGCGCGCCGCCGUCAGCAAGCUCCCCGCCGGCCUGCAGUUGCGCACCCAAUUCGAGAGCGCGCCCGCAUUCGAGUCGAAGCCGUCGUGGGAAAUGCACGGCGCCCACGGCCACGGCCACCCCGAGCGCCCUCUUUCCAUGUUCACCCCUUCCGGCAGCCUUCGCUCCCACUCGAAACCCCAACAUGUCCCGCAGCCGCGCAUCUUCCAGAAACUGCCGCGUGAGGUGUACGCCUGUAUCCUGCAGCAGCUCGAGGUGCUCCACUUCGGAAGGGGCACCCAGAGCUGCACGACUUGCUACUUGCGAGAUUUGUACAGUCUUGCCUUGACGAGUCGCGCGUGGGACAAGGCCGCGAGGAACAAGCUAUAUUCCAAGCUGUGGUUGCCUCCGCCAGACGUCGCGGACCCCAGGCAGGCCAAGUCAAAAACCCCUAGCCGCUUGAAAUUGCUUCGGAAAACACUUCGAGAAAGGAGCGCCCUGGCGAAGACGGUGGUCGAGAUCAAGGCGGCGGAGAUGCAACAGGUCAUGCUGCGGGCGAACUACAACGAAGGGCAAGAAAUCCUGAAUGAUUUGGCGUCGAUAGUCAUGGCCUGCCCGAACCUGGAGAGACUCGCCGGCUUCUACAGGAUCUACAACCACGAAUUCGACCGCCUCAACCACGCAUUAUCCACGCGACGGAACCUGAAGGAGCGGGCGUGGAUCAUAGGAAAGCCAAUCAACUAUGGCGCGGGGAAACUAACGCAGCGACAAGCAUUCGAGCUCUAUCCGGGGCCGACAGAACUGUUCUUGCACCACCACGACGUCGCCACCAACCUGGAGACGCUCUUCCUCCACGGCCAGGACUCAGGGGCGAUGGACUUCCGCGCCUUCGUCGCCACCUUCCGCAAGCUGCCGCGCCUCCGGCGCCUCCACAUCUCCAACUUCUCCGACACCGACUUCAACGACCGCACGCUCGCCGCCCUGCCGCCGACCCUGACCGCGCUCCGCCUCGAGGCCCUCGACGGCGUCACCGACAGGGGGCUCCUCCGCUUCGUGCAGUCGCCGGCGGCGGCGGCGCUCACGUCGCUCGCGCUGGUGCACCAGGAGAUCGUCGACCUCCUCAUCGUCAUCGUCCUGCUGCGCGCCUGCACGAAGCUCGAGCGCUUCGCCAUCGUGCAGGACGGCUCGCCCGGCGUCAGCAGCGGCGUGCCGCUGUUCCGGCCCGUGUUCGCGUCCCCGACGCUGCGCUCGCUGCACUGGGACAUACUGAUGCCGGCGCCGGCGACGGACGAGCUGGCCGUCAGCGUCGCCGGCGGCGCCUUCCCCUCGCUCGAGCGCCUGCGCGCGCCCUGCGACUACGACGGCGCGCUGCAGGACCUGUGCCGCCCGCGCGCCUGCGUGACGCUGCCCGACGACGAGUACUACUUUUACGUCAAGAACAGCGGCAGGCGGAGCGACGUCAAGACCACCAGCGGCAUCGGCCAUCCGGACAUGCGAGACUCGAUGAGCCCGCACGACGGCGGCCCCGUCGUCCUCGGCGGGCCCAUUCGGCCGGAUUCGUCUUCCUCGUCGUCGCUGUCGCCAUCCGACCGCAUCGAAUACACGCGCAACCUGGCCAAGGCGCGCCGCAGAGCCCAAUCCCGCAUCGACGCCCGCGUCGAGUGCUACUCGCCGACAACAGCAACACGCCCGUCAGCACCGGCGCCGUCUCCGCUACCCGCAACUACGCACAACCGCACGCGCAACGUCUCGGGCCCUGGCUCCGGCUCCGGCUCCGGCUCCGGCUCCGGCUCCGGCUCCGGCUCCGGCUCCGGCUCCGACUCGUCCUCGUCGUCCAUCUACUCCUCGUCAUCCCACAGCGCGACGAGCCUGGGCACCGGCAACGGCAUCAUCCAGAUCGUGGUCGAAAACGAAGACAACGUGGUGACGGAGCGCUUCUCGUUCGACUACGUCGGCACCAUGGGCAGCGGCGUCGAGUACGCGCUCGAGCCGGACGUGGGCGGCAGCCUGGACGCCGUCAUCGGCGUCGGGGACCUGAUGCUCGGGGCGCCGGUGAGGGGGUUGAUGAAUAUGGGAGGAUCAGGAUCGGGAUCAGGAUCGGGAGGUGGUGGCGGUGGUACUGGGUUCAGGGUGAGGGAUGCGUGUGCGGGGGGCCCGGCGGCGGGGAGGUGGCAUCGGUCGAGGGCGAGGGUGAGGUUGAUUGAGGUUGCGGAUUUCUUCUGA